AGCGUCCCCCAGAAGGAUCCACUGCACUGUGCUGGGUCCUACUUCGUCUGGCUACAGCGGCGGUGGGGGGGUUGUUUUGAUUAAAGUUAACGGGUUUUUUCAUGUUUUUAUUACCACAUUGUUGCGUUGAAAUCCAGGAUGUUUGAUGUGCUUUCAACCGUCGGCUUUCCUUCACGUCCCCGAAGGAGUAACACACUUGGGAAUAACCGAUCUUAAAGUUGAGAGUGGCAACUUUUCCAUCUGCCUUAACGUUACUAGUGGACUGACCUAUGCUAAGCUAACCCGCUCGCCAAUGCAGUUGAAAUUGCUGUUAAAAGUCCACAAAAGAGCAAGCAAACUUUACAUUUCGGGAUUCGGUGACUAGACGAGAUUUACUGGCGACUUUCUAAGAGAAACCUGUCGUUUGCCAGCUCCCUUUAUCUGGUAGGACUGGACGGUGCAGGUGCACCUCUUGCGGCACCUGCGAAAACUUGGUAACUUGCUAACUCUAGCUCCAUCGCAAGAGAGCUAACUUUAGCUUGUUCGCGUUAGCAUCCAACAGAAGCAGAUACUGUUGUAGGCAAAUGUAUAUCUCAUGGCAGAGAUAAUUUGAGAUUUAACAUUAAUUGCUAGUUUCAAACUUUAUAUUGCUAAUUAACCGCUGCUUUUAAAAAUAUUUGGGCUAGCCGUAGCUAGCAACUACGAUAGCAAGUUAUUGAGGAUCAUUCACUUUUACCGGAGUGGCGACGUGGAGACAGGGUUGUGGACGCUCUCUCUCUCUCCCACAGGACUUUGGACACGGUUUUAUCCCGCUGUGGGCUGCGCAGGGAAUGCCCCUCUUUUCUCAUCGGCUAGUCGUGUAGAUGUGACAGCAUGAUGAUUUCAAAUAGUUACAUUUUACCGUUAUAAAGUUUUGUUCUAAAAGCUUUGCACCCUAUGGUGUCGCUACGGCCACCGAGAAAUGGAUGUCUCGCAGGCCGCUUUCCCAAACGGUGAAGGGCGGCCGGGCGGCUGCAGGACAGGGGAGCAUGCAUGGACAGACUCCCCCACAGCUCGGGCGUGGGCUCACUCUGCUCCACUGUGCCCGAGUCAGUCCCUGUGGACAGCUGCCUAUGACUACGAGGCAAGCGGCGAGGAUGAGCUCAGCCUCAGACGAGGGGACGUGGUGGAGGUGCUGUCCAAAGACGCAGCAAUCUCCGGGGACGAAGGAUGGUGGACGGGUAAAAUCAACCACCGGGUCGGGAUUUUCCCCUCAAACUAUGUUACCUACCAGCCCGCUAUUUACCGUCUCCCUGCUACUUGUGGGUCUGUGGGGGCACGAGAGGAAGUCCCGAGCUCGCCCGUCCAGAUUCCCUUCAGUGAACUGGUACUAGAGGAGAUCAUAGGCGUGGGUGGAUUUGGCAAAGUUUACCGGGGCACAUGGAAAAAUCAAGAGUUCGCCGUGAAAGCGGCUCGGCAAGACCCAGACGAGGACAUAACAGCCACCGCCGCCAGUGUUAAACAAGAAGCGAAACUUUUCUCCAUGCUACAGCACCCCAACAUUAUUACACUGGAAGGAGUGUGUUUGGAAGAGCCCAACCUGUGCCUGGUCAUGGAGUAUGCCCGAGGCGGGACACUGAACCGGGCGUUGACCGGAAGGCGCAUCCCUCCACACAUCCUGGUCAACUGGGCCGUGCAGAUUGCACGCGGGAUGCUCUACCUACACGAGGAGGCCGUGGUACCCAUUAUCCAUCGUGACCUGAAGUCUAGCAACAUUUUAUUACUUGAAACAAUUGAGAAUGACGACAUCGGGAGGAAGACCUUGAAGAUCACAGAUUUUGGCCUGGCCAGGGAGUGGCACAAAACCACAAAAAUGUCAGCUGCAGGCACGUACUCCUGGAUGGCCCCGGAGGUCAUCAAGUCAUCUCUCUUCUCCAAAGGCAGUGAUGUCUGGAGCUAUGGUGUCUUACUGUGGGAGCUGUUAACAGGGGAAGUACCAUAUCGUGGGAUUGAUGGCCUGGCUGUUGCUUACGGUGUGGCAGUCAAUAAGUUAACUCUACCAAUCCCAUCCACAUGCCCGGAACCCUUUGCUAAGCUCAUGGAAGAGUGCUGGGACCAGGACCCCCAUGUGCGUCCCUCCUUCUCCUGCAUCCUGGAGCAGCUGUCGGCCAUCGAGGAGGCGGUGAUGGCCACCAUGCCUCAGGACUCCUUCCACAGCAUGCAGGAUGACUGGCGUGUGGAGAUUCAGGAGAUGUUUGAUGAGCUCAGGACCAAAGAGAAGGAGCUACGUUCCAGAGAAGAGGAGCUGACGCGAGCCGCACUCCAGCAUAAGUCUCAGGAGGAGCUGCUGAAGCGUCGGGAGCAGCAGCUGGCAGAGCGGGAGAUCAACGUGCUGGAGAGAGAGCUCAACAUCCUCAUUUUCCAGCUCAACAAAGAUAAGCCCAACGUGAAGAAAAGGAAAGGCAAAUUCAAACGUUCCCGCCUCAAACUGAAGGAUGGAAACCGCAUCAGCCUGCCCUCAGACUUUCAGCAUAAGAUCACCGUGCAGGCGUCGCCUUCCAUGGACAAGAGGAGAAGCCUUCAUAGCACCAGCUCUUCUCCUCCCAGCAGUCCCACACUUAUUCCCCGACUACGAGCCAUUCAGCUGAUACCCCACACGCGGAGGGACAGUUUGUAUGUUUACCAACAGGAUGUUGAUCUGACCAGCGAGCUCACAACCUCCUGUGGGCUCACGAGGAAAGUUACUCAAGAUGAGAGCAAUCGUACAUGGGGCCGCAGCACCCUCUUCAGGCCAGAGGAGUUUGAUGACGUGAAAAAGGGAAUCAAGAAGAAAGGAAGAACCUGGGGCCCUAGUUCAGUACAGAGCAAAGAAAGGCCUGCUGCUGCUGAGAGAGUGCGUCCUCUGUCAGACGGCAGUAACCCCUGGUCCACCAGCCUGGUCAAGUCCCAGAAGUCUGUCCCCCUCGCUGCCCUGUUUGCUGAACAAGUGGGGGCCGGCAAAGACAAGGCAUUCUCCCAGGAAUGUCCUGACAGCAGCUCCAAGCCAAAGCAGCUCAAGUUCCCCAACCAGGUGUACAUCGAUCUACCUCUGUGGAGGGACGAGCAGCAGCCUCAGAGCCCUGGUGGGCAUUGUGGAUCGGGAGAUGCUGGGGUUGGGGCAGCAGUUCAGGGUGGGUCAACAGAGACCCCAGAUGACCCCUACACCACCACAUCCACCUCUUCCACUUCCACCACCCCACAGCUCACCCCUACCAACAGCCUGAAGCGGACGUCAGCUCGCCGUAAGACUGACUCUGUACUGUAUGGCUGCGCCUCUUUGCUGGCUUCAGUUGUGCUCGGUUAUGACAUUAGGGAGGCUCUCAAAAACUCUGCUCCUGGGGAAGAUUGCGAGCCCCCGCGUGAGGAGAAAGAGAAGAAGAAGAAGGAGGGCCUGUUUCAGCGUGCGACCCGGUUUCGCCGCAGCACCUCACCACCAAGUGGUCGCCCCCGCAAAGACGAGCCAUCGUCAAACCCCACCGCCACCCAACCUGUCAAUCUCAUUUCCAUGACGGCCAUAAUGGAAUGCAACUCCACCAAAGGCCUCUUAAAGUCUGGGGCGGAGGUGUCACACUCUAGCCCUGGGAAGGUUGAGCUUGUGGCUGCCAAUAAUCACACCAAGUCCUCCAGACCCAGCCAACCAGCUUCUACAGAAGGCCAGAGUAACAGGAUGGCAGCUAACACAGAGACACCAGUGCGACCCCAAAGCCAGCCACCCGAGAAGAGCAACCACAACACAGGAACACGUCUACGCAGAAAGAAGUACACCACUAACCACAAUAGCAAUGGCCCACCCGCUCUGCCUCCUCCAGCCACACAGAAGAAGCGCGAGAAAGAUGGAGUUUCAGAGAAGCACUCAGGUAGCGAGGCCUUCUCCAGACCACGGCCAGUGUCAUUCCGGGCCAAACCCCACACCUGGGCCUUGCUGCGAGGACGCAACAAGAGCUACUCCCUGGGCCACUACUCCGGAGAGAAGACGGCGCAAAACCUAAGCAUGGUGCUGUCCUCUGAGGUGGGGAUGGGCUGUUCUCUGCUGGACAUGGACACAGAGGGCCAGAAACGAGACUGCACUGUGCCACUCUGCCGCAUUCAGAGUUCCCCGGGACGGCCCUCUGUCUUUGAGCUGGAGAAAAAGUUUCUCUCUUAGGAGCCUUGAAAAGUGAUCUGCUGUGAUGAGAGUUCAUCCCAUACAAUCUAUAGUGUUUUAGAACAUACAGUACAGACAGAAGUAUUGGCCUAAAACUCCUGGAGGGUUUAGAACCAGGCUGCCUUUUUCUCUUCAUUUAAUAAUAAAAAAAAAA